UACUCCAAAAUCUCGAAGGCCAACAAAUUGCUCUAAUUUGCGAUAUCAUUUUGAGCACUACCAACCAGGCAAAAUAUACCUCAGCUAAAGUAAAGAUAGGCUUAUCUCAGCCCAUGGCCAAUGUAGAUCACAAGAAAUCACCAGUCUGCUUCAAGACACCCAAAUUGAGGAUGGUUUGAAGCCAAGUAAUAUAUGGAUAAGAAUGCUAUUUGAGCGAACUCGCGAAAUUCUCAUCACUGUUAGCGACGACUCACUCAAAAACCAAGCAAAACUCGCAGAUUGCCUCUAUAAAACCUACGAAAAAUCUACUGCAUCUAAUUUUGUUCAUUUUUCAAAUUUUGCCCCUUCAAUUUUCAAAAUGAGCAAAAAAUAAUUAUUUUUGAGAAUUGGCAGAUAGGUAAAGGUAUACACUUGUAGGUAUUAUUAAAAUUAUUUUUGGUACCGUAAGUUAUACAUUUUAAAUUUUCUACCGUAAAUUUUGUUGUUCGAAGAGCAUUUAUUUAUGUACCUAGGUUAAUAACCAAAAAUGUAAUUCAACGAAUCGCGGUAUGAAUCACGCAGAUACGCAAGUAAAUUGGUGUAAAAAUAACAGCGAGCGUUAUCAAUUCCAAUAAUGUAUGUAAUUCUCACAAAGUAUACGAAAGUUGAUAAUUAGCUGGUUAUUUGAUAAUAAUUGCCAAGAUUCGAGAAUGAAAUAAAAUAAUUUAUUUUCGUUAUAUCUGUCAUUGAUACUCGUAACUUCCUUCAAUUUUCGGAUAUUUAUUUCUCAGCAUGCAAACAAUCUAUAGUCUAACUGGCAAUGCUCUAUAGUUUGACAAACAUUUCGGUGGCAUAAUAAAUUGAAUUGGCCUUUUGUAGAUAAACGUCUAAAAUGUUGUCGUUUAUUUGAUUAGGUAAUCGGAAUGUCAGAUAAGUAGCCUGUUUCGAAUGUCUGUAGUGGCACAACAAAGGAAGCAGGAAGCCUUAUUAGAGAAGCUUUUUGGGCAAUUCUGAAUAAUUUUGAGCUUAAAAUUCCGGCAUUUUUCAGAGAUUGUCGUAAUAGGUAGGUAUAGUGACCUACCAAAAUGGGAUACAAUUUUCCAAAAAAUUCAAUUUGAGCCAUUAUUUCCAAGAUGACUGAAAUAAGGUCAUAGGGUGAAUCUGAAUAAAAUAAAAUUUUGAGAAAAAUUCAAAUGUAUCAACAAAAAUAUUUUUGAAGCUUUUGUGAGGAAUUUCAGCUCUAAGAAAUUUUUGGAAAAAUGUAAUGCAACCUAUUGAAAUAGACUAAAAUUAUGGCAAAAAUUCAAAUAUUUAGAGGAAAUAUUUUUUAAGCAUCUCUGAAGAAUCUUGGGCUCAAAAAUUGAGGCAAGAUGGUCGAAAUUUUUGGAAAAGUGCCACUAGAACUAGGUACGCACGUAUCAAAAUUGACUAAAAUUUCGGUAAAAAUUAAAGACUUAUCCUUUCGAAAAUAUUUUUGAUUCAUUUCUGAAGAAUUUUGGUUCAAAGUGUGUCAUGAGAUUACUCAAAAUAGGUUAACAUUUUGCUAGAAAUUUUAAAAAAUAUUUUGACGAAAACUUUUUUAACGAAUGUUGUAAAAGAAUUUAGAGCAGAAAAUUAGGCCAUGAUUUGUCAUAGAAAUGUCAUAAAAUCCAUCAAAACUAUAGCUAAAAUUCUUAUAGAGAUUCAAUCUCAUCAGGAAAUUUUUCUUGAGCAUUUUUGAUGAAUUUCGAACCAAAAAUAAGUCAAUUUUGGGGGACUAAGAUGCCUGAAUUUUUGUAGGAAGAGGGAGGUGAUGGGUCACAACACUUCCUUUCCCCGAGAAAAAUUGGUAGAAAUUCGCGAGCGGAAAUUAUCGUACGUCAUGAAUCAUGACGCAAUGGAAACUCCGCGAAUCGCAUUGACUUGUCUUGAGAAUCACGUAGAUGUAGAUAGCGCCGUCAUUAAUUUACUUAUCGUACAUUUGUAUGCAAUGUGGAAUGAUAAUUGAGGACGCAGUUGGUCAUUCGGUGUUCGCGCGUGCAGUUUGUGAUUAAAGAAUUGUUCAUUUUUGUUGAAAUUCGGUUUCAAAAAAUCAGUUGUUGCGGUUAUAAAUCUAAUUCUGAAAACAAACAUACUCGUACCUACCUAUCUAAUAUCUACCUACAAUCAAUCACCGAAGAUAUUUGAUUGUAUAGCACUGUGCUGCAAAAAUGAGCAAGAGCAUGAGCAUAAUAUGUGCCAUUUGUCAUGAUUUCUUAUUCACCGGCAAAGAAGAUGAAUCAAUAUGCUCAACCAGUUGCGGCCAUGUUUAUCACUAUCCGUGUCUUCUUCAGUGGCUUGAAUCGAUGAAUGAUUCGUCUAAAUUGUGUCCACAUUGCCGUACGCUGCAGAGCGAUAAUACCAUAAUCAAGUUGAAUUUGAACUUGGAAGAGACGUCUGCGGUUCGUAGUCAAGAGUUGACAAAAAUGCAAGAAGAAUUGCACAGGAUAAAAAUGAUUUCAGAUGCGCAAAAUUUUUUGCAGAGCGAAAAAAAACGCGAAUUGGAGAAAAGAAACAAUGAAUUGGCGGACCAGGUGAAACGACUUCAGGAUUCUGAAACGGAUUUAGAAUGUCAAUUGGUAAAAGUUAAGGGUGAAUUGCAAGACCAGCACGCUGCUUAUCAGCUACGAGUAGAAAUCCAAAAAUGGAGAACAGAGUAUUACAAAUUGGAAAAAAUGAAUAAAGAAUUGACGGAUCGAGUAGAAGGACUUCAGAAUUUCGAAAAUAAAUUAUUAAGUCAGUUGAAAAUAGUUACCGGUGAUUUGGAAAACCAUCAAAAUACUUUUCGAAUGAAAUGGGAAGAAUGCAGGUCUGAUCUUUGAAUUAUAUAGAUAUUAUCGACUUGGCAACCAAUUCCAAUAGGUAGAUAUAUUAGGUAAGCUGGCCAUUAGUUAUGUACAGGCCUUUUUUAUGUACCUUACUUCUUUUUUGGGGACACGCUAAUAAUUCUUAAAAGUUGUUUUUUAUUUUCAAAUAUCCUACUUUCAUUUUUCCAGUGAACAUUGUGGCCAAAAAUUAAUCCAGGAUUUAUUUGUUUUAAAAUUUUGAUUAUUUGAUUGAUUUGGAAUAGUAUCAAUUUUUAAGUUUAUAUUGAAGGAUUCAAGAAUGAAUUACAUUACAUCUAUUGAAGUUGAAAUUAAUUGUAAAUUUAUAUUGAAUGGAAUAAUUAAUAAUUUAUAUCUGUUUCAUAUUACCUAUAAUUAUUAAAAUUAAAAUUAUUUUUGUUUCUUGCCCCCACAAAAAAGAACUCUGGUCAUGUGUAUGAUCAUUCAUAGGAUAUGAUUAGCUAAACUGACGUGUAUAAAAUCUCAUUAUUUUGACAGCUUUGAUGAUUUUGAUGGUCAAAAUGUGAUUGCGACUCUCGAAGUGAGCAUAUUUUCAAAUUUUUUCAACCAAAAGUUGAAAUUCAUGUUUGAAAAAAAUUCUAUCACCUAAGACCCAAGUCAGAAAAUGAUACUCAUUAAUUGAUAAGUUUUUAGUGAACUAUUACAAAAUGUCAUCUCAACUAAGUAGGUACUUAUUUUGAUAUUUUUUCAACAAUUAUUUAUUUUUUAAAAUUAGUUUGGUGAAUUACUACACUUUAUGUUUUAGUGAUAAGCAAUAAACUUAUUCGUUUUCUUCA